GGAAAUGGUAUGAAAAGACUAAAUUACCACCGUACAACUAAGUUUAGGCCUUUUUUUUCUUUAUCAUUUUGCCAGAGGAGGGAGUUGAAACAGCUAUAGUAGUAGAACGCUGAACCACAGAGACUGAAGAUUUUAUCUAACACCAAUGGCUGCUCCUUUCACCUCCCUGUCGAAUGUCGGUUCGCUUCCGAGCUCGCGAAGCGUCUCGCAGAUCAGAGUCUUCAACCCCACUUGCAAUUCGACCAAGCUUCGGAGGGUUGCGCUGCCCUCUAUUGGUACGACGUCGUUGAGCUUCUUCACCGGCUCGUUGCGUCUGCCCCCUCUCACGUCCUCGUCGAAUCUCUAUUCUCGGAGAAAACCCGGCUUUCUUAGCUCAGUGCGAGCCAGUGCUGAGGACGCAACUUUACAAUCAAAAGUUACCCACAAGGUUUAUUUUGAUAUAAGCAUUGGAAACCCAGUGGGGAAGCUUGCUGGGAGGAUUGUGAUUGGAUUGUAUGGUGAUGAUGUGCCCCAAACGGUCGAAAAUUUCCGAGCCCUUUGCACAGGUGAGAAGGGUUUUGGUUAUAAAGGUUCUGCAUUCCACCGUGUAAUCAAGGAUUUCAUGAUUCAAGGAGGGGACUUUGACAAAGGAAAUGGAACUGGAGGUAAAAGCAUAUAUGGCCGUACCUUCAAGGAUGAGAACUUCAAGUUAUCUCAUGUUGGACCAGGAGUUCUUAGCAUGGCAAAUGCUGGCCCCAACACAAACGGGAGUCAAUUCUUCAUUUGCACAGUCAAGACACCAUGGCUGGACCAGAGGCAUGUUGUGUUCGGGCAAGUUUUAGAAGGUAUGGAUGUAGUUAGGCUGAUUGAGUCACAAGAGACAGACAGGGGAGAUCGUCCCACGAAGAAGGUGGUCAUCAGCGACUCUGGUGAGCUUCCAGUGGCUUGAUCUGGAAUCAUCCCUCAGUUUUAGUCGUUAUACUCUUUUGAUUCCCUUUUUGAAUUCCUGGCUAGUCAACCCUCUCAAAAGGGCUUUUGUUUAGAUAACUUUACGGGACAAAUUUCCGGAUAUCUGUACUAGAGUGCGAGCUGAAUGUAUGCUGAGGAUGUGACUUUUGAGUUUUCACGCAUGAAAAAUGAUAAUGGGAUGGCAAGCCUUUAGAAAUGUGCCAUGUGAACCAA